UAAUUUUUAUUAAUGUUUAGGGUAUACAUAAUAACAUAUAUAAUGGAAGCUGAUAAUGAAUGGGAGUUAUCCAAAGAAAAUAUCCACCCAUUGCGAAGUGGUAGACGAAUGAAGGACCUCAAAGAGGCUAUGACUGAAGACUCAGUUGUGUUCCGAAAUGCUAUACAAGAUUUUGAAACACAGCUAAGAUGCACAGAAGGGGAAGAACAAUUGGAUUCAUGGUACAGCUAUAUUUCCUGGAUGGAACAGCACUAUGCUAAAAAUUGGCAAGAGGCAUUAGAAUUGAUGAAAAGAUGUGUAGCCCACUACAAAAACAAGCCUGAAUUCAAUCAAAAUGGCAAGCUUGUUCACAUUUGGAUAAAACUGAGCGAAAGGAUGGAUGACCCAAAUGAGAUUUUCAAAUAUCUCUUUGAUCAAGAUAUUGGUACAUCAUUAGCAAUUUUUUAUAAAUCAUGGGCUGAACAUUUGGAGUUGAUAGGUUCUUUCAAAAAAGCUGAUGAGUUAUAUAAUCUUGGGAUUAACCGAAAUGCUGAACCUGUUGGUAUUCUUCGGCAAAGUAAAAUAGAUUUUGAUCAUCGUAUGUGUAAGAGGACUGAGACUGAGGAUAUUUCACAACCAGAGCAACAAAGUACACGAAAAGUUCUUGGUGCAUUAAAAGUCAGUAAACAUGGAAAAAUUGGAAAUGAUAGAGUAAAACUGAAAUCAAAUAGUUCCUCAAAGGUAAAUGCUGGAAGCUCUCAUAGCAAGUCCAACAAGCAUUCAGGGUUUGCUAUAUAUGGAGAUGAAAACCCCACACCAGCUCUACCUGUUGGGGCAGGCACUGGUCAAAUAAAACAACUUCCUGUUGACCCUGCAAUACAUAGAGAAAAUCAAAAGAAAAUGGAAAUGCUAAAAGGAGCAAGGGUAAAAGGUGUAGGUGGUGUAUCAUCUGUCUCGCAAAAAUUUAAUAUAUAUUCUGAAGAAGAAGCACUGCCACAAAACCCAACACCAAAACAAGUUAUUUUGAGUGCUCGUAAACCACUAAGUACAAGGAAAUCCGAGAGAGAUCCAUAUCGAUUUUAUGACCCCAAUGAGAAGUCUGAUCCAAACGUUGUUCUAAAGUAUUGCAAACAUGUUAUUUAUAUGGGUUCCAAAGAAAUAUCAUUUGAGGAAUUAAAAUCAGAACUUCCGAAAUACUCCAACACACAUUCAAGGAAAGGUGUACGUUCCAAACUUACAUUUGCAAACGAACCAAUCAAGAAUCAAGCAUCUGAAGCACCUGCAAUUUCUGAAGAAGCGUGUCUAACCACCAUAAUUGACAAUGACGUAAAUGAUGAGUUUUUUGAUGCUGAUAUAAAAUCUGCUGCUCCCUCAGAUGUUACAUUAAUUCUUAAGACAAUGGGCGAAAACACGUUUGGGCUGCCUAAGUACGAAAGCACUAAGAUUUUAAACAAAAUAAUGCUUCCACCUGUUACAGAUGUGCACAUGAAAACACCAAAUACGAAAAGCAGCCAUCAAAAUACUGACAUUCUUAUGCCAUCACCUGGUACUGGUAAAACAGAUUUUAUGCUGUCCGAGCUUGAUCAAACCCGUACUAUAAAACUUAAUAAUAUGGGAAAUAACAUUGAAAAAAUGGAGUUUGGAUCACCAAUACAAAAAUUAAAACCAAGCACUCAGAAUUAUUUAGACGAGUUAGACAAGACAAGGCAGAUUUGUGUAGAUAACGUUGGUAGCAGUAUUUCACAAGAUAUAGUCAAUAAAGUGGAAGCUGAUGAACUGGAGCAGUUAAAACAAUUGAGUGCACUCUCAGGUGUCACGUUAGAUAUUUUUGGAGAGCAGAAACUGAUGUUGCAAAAUAAGGGCCAAUCAAAACCUGUAACAACGUCGUGCACUGACAAUGCAACAUAUCCUGACAAUGCUAUGCCUGAUGUGCAAAACGAAAGUUUGAUUGCACAGUUAAAAGCAUUGAAUGCUUCAGAAGAUUUUGAGACCAAUUCAAAGCAUUUAUCUGAAAUGUGUUUUCAACAGUCUGUUUUGAGCAAAACACCCACGAUGACAUACAAAGGAGAAAACUUAUGCGCACCUUCACCAACGGUUUACACACGAAAUGCGAUGAGCAAUGUGAAGGCAAUGUUUUCUGAAUCAUUUGAUCAGGAAAAAGGCAAUAUUUCCUUUGAUGGCAUGCCAAAGUUAAAUUUUGACAUGUACUUUGAUGAUGGUGGUGCUGGUUGUGCACAAGGCACAGAAAUCACUGAUAAUUUUGGAAAACAACAAAAUAGCAAACAAUUCUCGAUAUUCAGUGAUGCACCUGGGAUUUCAAAGUCAACAAAACCAUUUCAAAUAUACAGCGAGAUUGACGAAGAAAUUCCUCAAGAUAAAAAUAAAAACAAGAAACCUACGAAACCUGCAUUUGAUAUUUUCACAGACAAGAACGAUGUUUUGGAGCAGUCAAAUGAUUAUCACAUGAAAACUGAUCCUACGAUACCAGAUGAAGAAAAAACAAGCUAUAUAGGCAUGCCUACAAGGCCAGUUUCGACUCCCGCGUCAUCAGAUUGGUCUUCUGUGACAUUUGGCCAAAAUCUGAGUGAGAUUACUACUGGAAUAAAAUUUAUGAAGCCAGACAUCUCUGAAUUGCAAUCUCAGUCCAGUAUCAACUUGAGCACUAUUCAAGAGCGAAGCAAUGAAGAUGUGUCAGAAAAAUUCGAGUUGUGUAUUGACAUAUACUCCAAUCCUCUGAAAACUCAUUUACUUUCAGGGGUUGAACCUCAAAUAAAAUCAUCUCAAAACUUCUUACUUGUAUCCGGACCACUUCCAAAGUUACAAGGGGCAAGCACUGAACUACAUCUAGGUCCGAGACAUAUCCGCAUCAAUAAAUGUUUGCUUAAAGGUGGUCUUUCUGCUACAUACAAAGCAGUUAACCAUGAAAACCAAAGUGUUUCAUUAAAGAUUUCAAAGAGUGAUGAUUUUGAAAUAUUAUGGGACUUUUACAUCACUAAUGAAAUUUACAACAGACUGUCAGCAGAGUUAAACCAAGAUUAUAAAAACAGUUUUGUCCAUCAUAACAUGCUAUAUAAAUACUCUGAUUGCUUGUGUGUAGAAACACAGUUCUACAGUGAAGGAACAUUAAAGGAUUUAAUCGAAUUGCACAAAAAACACAACUGCGCUAUUGAAGAACCUCUUGCCAUGUUGUAUACGUUCGAGAUACUUCGUAUUAUACAUACUAUGCAUAAUAUCAACAUCAUCCAUGGACGCAUAUCCCCAGAAAAUUUUCUGCAAGCUAAUUGUGAUUUGACGGAGGCUGGUCCAUUGGCGAUGAGGUGUUUAAAGUUGAAAGAUUUUGGCAGCAGUAUAGAUUUAUCUUUGAUGCCUGAUCCAAAUAAUGUGAUGUUUACUGGUUCCAACAACUCUGACUCCUUCGAAUGUGAAGAAAUGAGGACCGGCAGACCAUGGAAAUACCAGGUUGAUUUAUACGCAGUUGCUGCAACCAUCCACGUGCUAAUAUUUCAAAAUUUCAUGAACACUUAUGUUGAACCCAAGACUAAACUGCUACGCAUAUGUAAUCCAAUGAAAAGCGGCUGGAAUACAGAAUUAUGGUCGAGUAUUUUUUUGCAUUUGAUUAAUCCGUCGUUGAGUACAAAUAUAUCAUUCACGUUGUUGAGUGAACUGGCUAAACACUUAACCACAACGGAAAAUAUAAGCAAGCUGGAAGAGGCGAUCAUGAAAAAAGACGAUUUGUUGAUGAUGAAUGAUGAGUAAGCACUUUUGACAGCGUCCCUAAUCACUGGUAUGACGUAAUGGUUCGUAUUGAAUGAAAGUGCAGAGUUUAAUUUUUCGAUUUUGUAAGAUAAUUUUAAUUUUAAGAUUGAACUGUAAUAUUUUCGUACCUCAUUGCCAUAACUAGUAUAUAGAAAAGUAGGUCAUCUUACAGACCCACAUAACAGAAUAA